AGGCACGUCUCACAUGAGAGGACCCUGCGAGUCUCGUGCGAGGACGUCUGCCGGUGGCUCAUGGGAAGCCUGAAUCACCGCUCUGCCAUGGAAGUUUCAAAGCUACCAGACGUCGCCAUCGAGAUGAAGCCGCAGAUAGUUCCAGCCGCAGUCGACGAUGGCCCGUACGGCAUGGACGCGCCGGUGGCUCCGACGACCAUAACCUGGAUGAAUCUCACGUACAAAGUACCUGAAGGAAAAGGCACGAAGCAGCUGCUCCGCAACAUCAGUGGUAGCCUGCGCCCCGGAGAGAUGACAGCCAUCAUUGGUCCAUCCGGUGCGGGAAAAACAACGCUGCUCAACGUGCUUGCCGGAUUCCAGACGAGAAGUUUCCAGGCAGACCUCUUCGUCAAUGGCCAGCCGUUCAAGGAGAGAAGUUUUCGCAAGCUCAGCAGCUACGUCACCAGCGGCGAGGAGCUCCUGCAGCACCUGACCGUGCGCGAAACGGUGGACGCCGCGGCCAAACUCAAACUGCCCCCUGACGUCACCUACAAACAGAGAAGCGCCUUGGUGUCGCGAAUCCUGAAGCUGUGGGGCCUGGACACGUGCGAGAACCGGCAGGUCAAGAACCUCUCCACUGGUCAGCGGAAGAGGGUCAUGCUCGCGCAGGAACUCGUGCACAGUCCACCGGUGCUGUUCCUCGACGAACCCACCAGUGGCCUGGACAGCUCCAACGCCCUGCAGUGCAUCCUGACGCUGAAGAAGUUCGCCCUCAAGGGUCACACGGUCACGUGCAGCAUACACCAGCCGAGCUCGAGGAUAUUCCAGCUAUUCGACCGAUUGUACGUCCUUGCCGAUGGCUACUGCAUAUACCACGGUGCCGUUCGGGACUUGCUUCCUACUCUGGCAGCCAAUGGUCUACAGUGCCCUGCCUUCUACAACCCUGCAGACUUUUUGAUCGAAGUCGCAUCGGGUGAAUACGGGGACGUUAAAGGCGACCUAGUGCGGUACGCUGAACGACACAGCCAAGUAUUGCCCACCAACAAUGGCCCCAAGUCAAUGGCCAAUGGAGGAGGAGAUCUCAACGAACAACAUGCAGUCACAGCCCCUUUGCUAAAGCAGGAGGAACACCAACUAGUGACCACCGCUCCGUGUUGUGUGCAGAUGAACGUUCUCCUCAAGCGCUGCUAUUUAUCACUCAUCAGAAAUCCGAUGGUGUUUCACCUUCGUUUAGCCACAAACCUGCUGGUCGGUGUGUGUAUGGGCCUCCUGUACUACGACAUAGGCGGGCGGGCGGACGGCUUCUUCAACAACGCCACGCUGGUCUUCUUCUGCGCCAUAUUCCUCACCUUCACCGGCAUGAUGCCCGUUGUCCUCAACUAUCCUCUGGAAGCUACUGUGUUCACGCGGGAACGGAACAACUCGUGGUAUACACUGAAGGCCUACUACCUGUCCAAGACCAUUGUCGAACUACCUUUCCAGGUUGCCUACCCCACAACAUUCGUGGCCAUCGUCUACUGGAUGACGUCACAGCCUCCGGAGAUGAGCCGCUUCGUCAUGUUCUCUUUCCUUUCCAUCCUGCUCACAUUGGUCGCCCAUUCCCUCGGCAUGUUCAUUGGUGCCUUCGCAAGCAUGCAGGUGGCAAUAUUCCUUGCGCCCGCCGUCGCCAUUCCGAUGCUCCUGUUCAGCGGGUUCGUGGUGACGCUGAAGGCGAUGCCGCACUACCUCCACUGGAUAUCCUACGUGUCCUUCGUACGGUACGCCUACGAAGGGUGCAUCCUCAGCCUCUACGGAUACGACAGGCCUGAACUCGAAUGUGGCGAGCAGAAGGAUGGUUCGGUUCCUUGCCUCUUUACGGUGCCAUCCGAGUUCGUCAACUUCUUGGGUCUGAACGAAGUUAGUGUGGAAGUGUGUGCCGGUGCACUGGUCGGGUUCGUGGUGGUCCUAAACGUGGCCACGUACGUGGCACUAAAAAUGAGAGUCAAGAGGACGUUUUUGAAUCGAUAGAAAAUCGGGUGUGAAGGUAUAGAAACGAGAAACUGGAAUAUGCCUCUGGCAAGUGCCAAGUCGAACCUUGUGUCUUACUGGUCGACUUCUACGCGCAGCCGAUGUGCAUACUGACUGUGGGCCUGCAGUCACAGCGGCAGCCCAUCAACGAAGGCCUUGUAUCAAGGAAGUUUGUGGGUACGCGACUCGCUUUUACGUGUGCGCGCAGGACGUGAUUUGCAGCACACACUACGUCACCGUCAACUGUGCCACUAACAUGGCGUCGGACAAUUCGAGACUGCGAUCGCUGGUACGAUCCUCGGUUUAGCCUACGGCACUUUGAAAAGUACGCGGUGGCUUUCUCUUUUCUACGAUAUGUCGGGUGUCCAUGCAUGAAGAUGCAAAGGUCCAAAUCCCCCUCACUCCCCAACACCCCCCCCCCCCAAAAAAAAAAUGUUAGAACGCGAGCAUGAAACAAAGGACUAUGUAAAUAAGGAUCACAUGGCAUGUGCUCUACAAAAGAACAAACAAGCGUCGAACAAAAGCAUUCGCGAUAUUCGAGACAAAGCUGUCGCACGUGUGAUAAGAGAAGCAUACACCGCGGGAUCAGUGCUAUCUAAUCACUGUGCCUUAUAUUUACAUACCUUUCAGCAUUUUAUCUUUGGUUAUAACUUUUCUUGUCAAAACGACGUCGCAGGUCAACUUCGCGCGAGUCGAACAUGCAUUUUUCCUCGGCCUCGUGACUGCCAUCUUUGCAUCGCACGAGUCAUAUUGUUUCUUUUCAUAAUUACCAAGUAGACCACCAAGCUCACGCACUAAUGAUCAAUAAAGAAUUGACAAGGACGAAGCGUUCCUUGGGCGUCGGGCCUUGUGUGCGUUAGUGUGCUAGUUGGUCGUUAUGAACCACUAACUCACACAGCCAUUCACAUAAUCGCACCAUAUUGUUUACGAUGCAUAUAUGUUCCUUUCACCUAGCAGAACAGUCCGCCCAAGAAAUGCAACACCAUCAGCUAAAGUCAGGAUUUGGCGUUCCUCAGCUGCUUGCUUAAGCAGCGGCGUUCAGGGAGUCAGAGCGUGUGCCUCCCAUGAGGUAGGUACUUGGUUCUGUUCCCAAUGCCGCCAGGCACCCACCGUUAUUUUAAUGGGAAAAGAGGUACCCCAACCAGGAGCUCGAUGGCGUGGAUGCUCGUAUUGAGAAGUUGGUCUCUCCUUUCCGUUCUCUUCUUUUAUUCCUCAUUACCCAACAACUCCCCUCUAUUCCCUUCCCCCCCGGCGGCACUGCAGCGUGCUUUCCUAUGGGUUGCAGGAAUAAGCAUCCUGUCUACCUACAAACCGCUGUUAUCGACGCUAUAAAUACGAGUCAAACAGCUGAUAAGUCGCACACAGGAAGUGAUAAGAGUGCUACGGCUCAGCAUACAGAAAGCUUACCUGGUAAUGUAAAUCUGAAAUUGUUGAUCGCUUCUCGCUGCCAUAGAGCAUUAAAGUAAGGAUGUAAGGAUGUGGUACCUGUGCGCAAGCUUACAAUCAAUCUUAUUCAGAUAAGUAUUUGAAAUAAAAUUCUGCAUUUUUAAGCCCCAAAACCAUGACGUUAUUAAUAAGCACGCCGUUGUGGGGGAGUGGGGAUUAAUUUUGACCUCCUAGGCUUCUCUGGAGUGCGUCUAAAUCUCUUCAUUUAAAACUUCAGGGUGCCUUCGGAUUUCGCCGCCUUCUAAAAAUACGGUAGGAGUGGCCGGCAGCAAAACACGCACUCUCGACCUUAGUAGCUCGGCACAUUAGCCAGCAGGCAACCAUGGCUGGUGAGAUAAAUAAUCCUUUGAGAACAAUCAGGUAUGCGCUACACGUGGAACACUUAUUCACUAUAGCCAAAACAUCCAUGCUUACACAGCACAUUAUGGAACUGUAUUUUUUACACUUGAGAUUACUAUGACGUUAUCGUUGUUUUAGGGGUUUGACGGAUGGCUGUAUGUUGGUAUUGAACGAUGCACAAGCAAAAGAACGCUGCGAAAAAGUGGUUUUCCUUAUUUCGCCGACUGUUUUUGCCUUGAUGCGCCAUGCCCGAUGUAGGGCCGAUAUUGCCACGAAUACAAUCGUAUUCCCAUAGAGCUGUGAUACAUAAUCGAAAGGAAAUGGUUUCGACAUCUCAUUCUUGUUCAUAUAAACAGUACUUUCUAUUCAUGGAAACGUGCUGCUGGUCUUUCGUUUGUGAGCGUGUUUUCGAAUGUUGCGAAUAAAUCUGUCCUAUUGCACACCGCCCAGUACAAGUUGUUUUUAUUAUAGACCACAAUACGUGACCCUCGUCUGAAGUCGCAGCUGCUGACGGCGUAGUAUACUCUGGACUUCCAAGUCGAUGACGGAAAAAAAUGAUGACAA